CUGUGAUGAAUGGUACCUGUCUUUGUCUGUCGUGUCCAGGACAGAGACUGAGAAGGUGUAGGAGCACUGCUGUACGUACAAGGCCUGAUGCACACCUCCGCCAGUGUACAUGUAGUGCAAUGAUUCUCGUGUGGCCGACAGUGUCCAGUCUUGAUGUAGUGUCCAAUCCUCUCUGACCGGACUGUCCGAGAUUGUCCGGAGCACUAGGAGUAUGAGGACACGCUGUGUCUCCCGCCGUCUUCUGACUAAACAUCGCUGGUGGAUUGUUUUAAGUUCUCUAUGUGUGCUUCUAUUCCUGUUCUUCGCUCUAGAUUUUAAUACUACAUACGACAGCGUGGCUGUAGACCCUAUCUCACGUACUAGCCGGAUACCAAAUAUUUACCAGGCAUCAGAUGACCCUGUUGCUGACCGAUUUCUACAAAGAAACACAGUCUUGCGUGAUGGGUGCCAAACCCUAAAACAAUACUACGCUGUACAGGACUCGGAGGCUGCAGUAAAGGAGCACUUGGUUGUAGACAGUAAGAACAGGAUCACAUAUUGUGCCAUUGAAAAGAUUGGCUGCACAUUUUGGAAGAGAGUGUUUCAAAUUCUCAGCGGAUGGCAAAAUGUGACAGACCCUUUUCGUAUCAAGGGUAUCCAUGCAUACGAAGGGUAUCAGACAGCCAAGCGAAUGCCAUUCGACAAGAUUUAUAAUAUACUUGCGCAUUCUACAAAAUUCAUGUUUGUGCGAGAGCCAUUCGAAAGGCUUCUAUCAGGAUAUGUGGACAAACUGUACUCACCGAACGCGGCUUACUGGAAUUUCAUCGGUCGAUAUAUCGUCACGAGGUUCCGGGAGAACCCAUCCAAUCACAGCGCAGAAUGCGGGCAUGAUAUAACGUUCCAGGAAUUUGUGGAGUAUUUUAUAUAUUCCCAGAGUACUAACGAACAUAGAGACGCUCAUUUUGUGCCUAGUUUCGAGCACUGCAGACCUUGCGAGAUAGAAUACGAUUACAUCGGUAAAAUGGAAACGUUUAAAGAAGACACUUUUCAUAUAUUGAAGACACUUAAUUUAGAAAAAAUGGUGACAUUUAAUAAUUUUCAGAAUGAGACUGAAACAGACGCCAUUGUAGAUACCGUAGACUAUGUAUACUCAAUGCGUCGGCCGAUACAGAAAUGUAUGACAUUGACUCAGGCCCUGUUUCGGGCAUGGAGAAAAUUACAAAUAAGAGGCAUUAUUAGCAAACAUAUCAAAUUUCCGUACCCAUUAAAUUAUGCUGAUAAUAUUCAUCCAAAUGAAUUUAAAAGACAAUUACUUGAUGCGCAUGCGCAGUCAGGAGACCCCGCAGUGCGUAAAAAGAACCGACAGGAGGCUUUCCUUGAGGCGUAUAGUACUCUAACCCCUGUCACUAUGGACAGGCUAAAGGAAGCUCUGUACGUGGACGCAGUUCUCUUCGGGUACGAUGUUUUUCCAGAAAAACUCCAAAAUAUUGGCAAGAAAAAAUCCAAAAAUAACGGGUUUACGUAUUUCAAAUUGUAUCCCUAAUGGUAUGCGUUGUUGUGAUCUUUACCUUUUAUAUCUAUGCUUACUCAAUUGUUUUGAUAUGUUAGAUUUAAUUCGAAAAUAAUUUUCGUCACAAAAUGAAACUAAUCAUUGUUCAUGAUCAUCCACUGCAUAUAAUCCUAUUUGUUCAUGCAUAUUACCAGUAAACGUAAUUGAUUCCGUAUCUUGAUAUCAGUGCUGAACCCUUCCGUCGAAACGCGGUGCUUGGUAUUUAAAAGAUUGUAGUUCUUGAAUAAAGUGUGGAUGUAGAUAGCGAUGAAAGAUUGAGAAAUAUUCGUAAAGGGGUGUUAUGCUGAUGUACUCAACUCACUUGGACCUUACAACCUUCACAAACCAGAUGACGAAAUUAUCAAAUCUGUAAUACUCUCAAAUUCUUAUAAUGUAGAUAUAUGCUGCUUUUGUACUUCCAAAAGUGAUACUUAGUGUUACUUAGAGUAAGUGUCUAGUACAGGAACUCUAUAGGUCCUCUUUACUGGACUCGAUCGUUGCAUACUGUAACACAAAGUUUAAGGCAUCUUAAAUGAAAGGUAAUAUUGAUUCAGUUAAAUGUAUUUACAUUAAGUACCUAAGUUUGAUAUUAAAUGAUAAAUGUAUUUAGUAGUAUGUGAUGCAGUUUUGGCGAAUUCAAUGACUUGAAUAGUGUACGACGGCACAAUUUGUAACAAUUAUAUUUUUCACAGUUUUGAUUAUAUUUCUGCAUUCUUAUGAAUUAUUUUAGCUCAACUAACUGUAUACAUAUCAAACAGUCUUGAACCAGCAAAUUAUGCAAUGUUUAUUAUGAUAUUUCUCACAUAACUGAAACAGAAACACUGUUUCAUAAUCAAAUCUAUAUACAGUUUAUUAUUGGAGCAAAAGGUUCAUGUCAAUUAUUAUCCUAGAAGCCAUGGUAUUCAAAUUCUUUGACAUGAUCUUACAACGUAAAUUAAGUAGAUGUAAACCAUAGAUUUUGUGAUUAUACAUUGAAAGAGACAUCGUAGUUGACAUGAAAGAAACCACUCACAAUCGUGGUGGGGGGGGGGGGGAAUAUAGGAGAUACUAUAUUUAUGUUGCAUGAACGUAAUCACAUUUGUAUUUAAAACAUGCUUUUUGACAGUACUAACGUAAUUGGUAUCAUAGUAUAAUUGUUACAUGGCAGUGAAAUGCUGCCAUAUUUGCCGACAUUGGAUACGUAUUCAUGCUUUAACCAUUAUGUUUACCUUUGUUAUAACUUAUGUGUAAUCACUAACUACGAAAAAGCGAUCAAUAUCACCCAUGUGUGCUUUUGUCGUCAUGUCGCAGAGUGAUUAGGAUAUAUGACCUAAUUUUAUGAAAACAAUUUUGUAGUUAUGAUAGUUUAUCACUCAUAUUGAAACAUAAAUGUUCAAUGGAAUGGUCACAAUGAACAUAUUUUUAUUUAUGUCAUCCAUUUAAUUGUGUAUGAAUGUGUAUCACGAAUGGAUAUAUGUAAUAAUGUAUCAAAAGGAACUUAAUACAUGCCGAUAAUUACGUAUCUGUUUAUCACACAUAUACAUCAUCAUUUAUGUCGCCAAUUCUAUGAUUUACUAUGAAAGUGUUUAGUUAAAUACCAAAGAUGUCUAUUCACAAAGGAUUAUAUUGAGAUAUAAAUCGAUAAUCAAAACAUGAAUUGUUUGAAUUACAGAUGAGACAGUAUGUAAAAAGAAACUUUGAAUAAACAAGGUUUAAAAUCGCAAAAUGAGAUAAAUGUUUCCUUGUUCCGAAUGUUCUUGAAUAAAUUAUCGAUAACUGUUCGAAACAAAUCUCUCUGCAAACUAACGCAACGAUAAUAAUAUUACAAUAAUAUUUCAGUUAACAUGAAAAAUCUUGAAAAUUAUGUAUUCAAAUCAUUUGGUUGAAGUCAGCUGAAAAAAACCGAGCUCAAUGUUCUUUUUAUCACAUGCUGAACAAAAACAUGUAAAAGUUCACGUUUUUUAUAUUAAAUGUUAUCAUCAAUGUA